GGCUACACCAGAGCCGAGCACGUCAAGACGACAAGCGAGCCGGAACUAGGUGCACUAAGAGAAGUAGGCCGAGUGUGCUUUUAAGAUUGACGCAUGAUUUUUGUUAUGAUAAAGAUAUACUGAAUAAUUAUUUCGAGACAAAGAUUCUGACUUAUUUUUUAUUAUUAUUAUUUUGUGUGUGAACUUUACUACCGCAAUUCCCGCACAAUAGUUAAAUAUCGAAUAUUUUUAGGGCAAUGCCCUUUUACUUUGAAAGGCACACCCGGAAAGCUAACGGUUGUACUGUAUGUGUCAGUGCUGUUACCUGUCAGUAAGUGAAGCAGAGAUAGGCAUGUACAGACAAAUGAGCUGAGGACAUGUCAUUAUUGUAGUAACAGCGCUGCUGCACCGAGUCCAGCCGGCUCCACGACCGCUGUUAGCUGCUAUAGCUCGCUUUCCUCGCAAGGCUAUCAAGAUGACUGCAUGGGUUAUUCAGAUGAUGGUGAUGGUGCUCUCUGUCUUUACUGGCAGCAGCCAGGGGAAGAGGGACAAGGUGCUCUACUGUUCUGCAUGCAAGGCAAUCGUGGAUGAACUGAACCACUCAAUCAGUCAGGUGGACCCAAAGAAAACCAUCAAUGUCGGCAGCUUUAGACUCAACCCUGAUGGAACCAUGAAAGACAAAAAGGUCCCAUUCGCUCGCUCGGAGACUCACCUCAGCGAGCUUCUGGACGGCGUGUGCAACAGUAUGAGUGACUAUGCACUCUAUGUGGAUCCCAUCACCCAGCACAAGCAGUACAGGAGGUUUGCUCCCAGAAGCAGUGCUUCCACCGACGACUUCCCCGACUUUAAGAACUUCCAGUUUGAUGGGCCAGAGGCGUCCAAUGACCUCAAAUUCGCAUGUGAAACGCUGGUGGAGGAGUUGGAGGAAGAAAUCAUCUCUGUGCUGAGCCGGGACAGGCAGGAGAACGUGCACGAGGAGCUGUGCAGCAGAGUCUCAGACUACUGUGAAGACAGCAGCCGUGCUAACGAGGAAUUGUAGCAUCACACUGGAUUUUCGGUGCAGCGAGGAGAGACCAGCUUUGACACACAUUUCUGAGAAAAAGGUUUUGAUAAAAAAUGUUUGACAAACAACUGAGACUAUUUUAAGUAAAUAAAAACCAAAUGUUGAGAAA